AUGUAAAAUAUCGAAGAAAUAAAAAGUAAAAUGCAAUUCAAACUCUAAUUACUUAAUAAUAUCUAAAAUUUGAGUAAAGAAUAAUUUGAAUAAGAAUUUUAAGAAUACCAAUAAUUAAAUUAAAUUUUAGAAAAGCUAGAAAAAGAAAAGGUUUAAUGUAAUUAAAAAGAAAUCAAAGAAAUAAAUUUGAUUUCAUUGACUGAAAUUGAAAAAUAAAAAAGUGAUUAAAUAAAUGAUUCUUUUUAAUUUCAAUAAAAUCAAGAUACUGAUUUAAGAAUUUCAAAUAAGUAAACCUAAAAUUAGAUUAACUAGAAGUAAUCAUUAUUUGCAGAAAAAUUCCCAAUCUUAGAUUACUAAAACCAAAAUAAUUCACCCAAAUUAAAUGCUGAAAUCUCAAAAAGAGAUGAUUUUUCUUAAAGUGCUUAUUAAUAAAAGUAAAAUGAAUAAAUAGAUUUGCAAUCAAAGAGUAUUUUUUAAGAACAAGCUUCUUUAAGCUUACUAAAAAAGAGAGAUAAUAUAAAAGUCUUAUAUUGUGCAGAUAGAGAUUUAAAUUUAAGCAAUAAUAGCUCCAUAUAAAAAAAUAAUUAAGAUUAAAACAUUUUAUCAGAAUAAAUAAACUCAAACUAAGAUUUAAGAAAUUAUAAUAGGAUACCUUUCUUAUAAAAUAUGAACGUUUAAUAACAUUUUGAUAGAUAAGAACUUUAAAAUCAAUCAGUAAAAAUUCAAAAUUUGUAUAAUUAAAACUAUUCAAAUAUAAUGAAGAAUAACUUUACAUAAAUUAAAAAUUACGAUUAAAGGGCAUAACCAUAUAUAUUAAAUGAAAAAAGAAGGUUUGAUUAUAUGAGCAAUAAUUAAUAAUUAUCUAAUAACUAAUUCUUUGAGGAUCCCUCUAAAAAAAGAUUUUGGAACAAAAAUGAAUUUUAAAAUUAAUAAACUUAAAAAAGAUAACAAGUUACAGUUUUCUAUGAUAGAGACAGUAAUUAUAAUAUAUUUGAUAAUCAUUCAAUUUAAAAAAAUGUUGAUGAUUAAUAGAAAUUCCCUAAUAGUUAAAGUGAAAAAAAACAACAAGAAAAUGAUAGCAUUUAAGAAAUCAAAUAAUAAAUUGAGGGUAAUUUGAAUCAACAAAUUGAUAAUUCACUCUAAAAUAAUAUUAAGCAUUAAGGGGAAAUUAAAAAUUUAGAGAAUGUUGAUAAUCAAGAAAUUUAAGAAGACAAUUAGAAUGUAAUCAAGCUUACCAGAAACUCUAACGAUUUGACUAUCGUAAUAAAUCAGUAAAGUGAGUAGUUGAAAAAAAAAGGAUUUGUGAAAGACAAUUCGUGUUAAAUUUAGUAUCUUAAAUAUUUACUUGAUCCUAGAGCUGAGAUAAAAUAUGAUGCUUUUUUUGAAGAAAACUAUGAAAUAAAAAUGAAAAAAGAAAAAGGGUAAUCAAUUCAUACGUAUGUUGCAGAUUUAUUCAGAAACAAUCAUAAUAUGUUAAAGUUUUGCAACAGCUUGAGUUAAAACUAAAAAUAAUUUCUUCAACAUUAUGUUUAAGUUAUUAAAGACUAUAUUUCUAUUAGAGAUAUGAAAGUAACAGGAAUUGAGGGUGAGUUUAAAAGCGAAGGAGAGACAAAAAGAUACGACUUAUUGGCUGAAAAUGAAAAAGAAGCUUUGAUUUUUGAUUGGAAAUUCAGUAAUUAAGAUGCUUACUAUAAGAUUUUAGUUGACUAUCAAGAGCAUUUUCUGAAUUAGGUGAAAGUUUUGCAGUAGAUUUACACAAAUAAGAUAGUGAGGAUUUGUAUCUUACCUCUCCAAGAAAUAAAACAAAUUAAGUUUGUAGAGUUUGAGUACUAAGAUAUCUAGAAUAUUUAAAUUAAUCAAGCAAAAGAUCCUAUAUUCUAAAAGAGCAUGCUUAAAAUAUUCCUAAAAAAUUUAAAGGAUGAGCCAAAAUUAAAAGACGAAUAUUCAUAUAAUGCAUAAGGGUAAGCUAUAACUGUAUAAUAGCAAGUAGACAAGAUAAUACAAGAUGUAGAUAUUAAAUAAAUAGAAUAUUACAUAGAUCUUAACAACUCCGAUGAGCUCCUUUUCAAAUAAGAUUCUCAAAAUUCUUUUAAAAAAAUAUCUAACAAAAAGUAAUUUAAUUAGUUUUAUUACAUACACUUGCUUCUAUGCUAAAAGCUCAGCUAAAACAAUAACCUCUAACUAAAUGAAUAAAUAUUGGAUUCAAUUUAAAAAACUAUGAAAAACACAAAUUAAAUUAUAUAAAAAAAUAAUUUAAAUGAGGAAACUAUAUCUAAUCAUUUAUAAUAAUAGUAAUAAUAACAAUAAUAAUAGCAUCCGUAACCUUUAUAAUAGUCUCCUUAAUCUUUUAAAUCAUUAUCUAAUUCAGUAUAACCAUCUCCAGAAUCUAAUUAAUGGUCUCCUUAAUCUUUUUAGUAGCGUUAACAUCCUUUGCAGUUGAGCUCACCACCUUUUUAAUAAUACACUUAAGCUUUUGAAUAAUAGCCACAUCAAUACUAAUAAAAUCCUGCUUUAUAUAACCAAUAUUAAUAAUUUCAAAAUCCUGAUUUUGAUUACGCAUAGCAUUUAUAGUAUGGCUCAAAUUAGUUUUAUCCGUAUAAAUAAUAUGGAAAUUACCAAAGGUAAUAUAGCUACGGUAAUUAACAUUUUUAUGAUAAAUAUUGA